GUUUCAGCUAUGACACCUGCAGCAUGUGCCAGGAGCUGCAGCAGCAGCGGGAACAGCAGCAGCAGCAGCAGCAGCCUGUGCGCGGUACAUCUUCCCCUCUUCAGAGCGGUAAAUAUCAGCUGGUCGGUUGUGACAGAGGCAGCAGCGAGAGCAGCAGGAGAAGCCAGCAACCCACAGAGCUUUUCUGGAGAAUUAAAUCCUGGACAGAAAGUAGACCACCCAAUAGCUGGAGCCAAAGAAACAUCCUACAUGGAACGGUUGUUGGACACGCAAAUGGGACCAGAGAAUGAUUGAAGAUUGUGGGAAAAGAGGCGCUACCAUGGCAGAAAGGAGGCAGCUGUUUGCAGAAAUGAGGGCUCAAGAUCUGGAUCGUAUCCGUUUGUCCACCUACCGAACCGCAUGUAAGCUUAGAUUUGUGCAGAAAAAAUGCAACUUGCACCUAGUGGACAUUUGGAAUGUUAUAGAAGCAUUGCGGGAAAACUCUUUGAACAACUUGGACCCUAGUAUAGAGCUGAAUGUGGCUCGACUCGAAGCUGUACUCUCCACUAUUUUUUACCAACUCAACAAACGUAUGCCAACAACCCACCAGAUUAAUGUUGAGCAAUCCAUCAGUUUACUGCUCAACUUUUUGCUGGCAGCUUUUGAUCCAGAAGGACAUGGAAAAAUAUCUGUGUUUGCUGUCAAAAUGGCCUUGGCAACACUUUGUGGAGGAAAGAUUAUGGAUAAAUUAAGAUAUAUAUUCUCAAUGAUUUCAGACACUAGUGGGAUAAUGGUGUAUGGAAAAUAUGACAUGUUUUUGCGAGAAGUUCUUAAACUGCCCACUGCAGUCUUUGAAGGUCCUUCUUUUGGUUAUACAGAACAAUCUGCAAAGUCUUGUUUUUCUCAACAGAAUGGUACUGUAAUAAAAUUUCAUAGAGUCUUCCACCCUGUUGAGUGUUCCUAUUGCCACAGUGAGAGCAUGAUGGGAUUUCGCUACCGAUGCCAGCAGUGUCACAAUUACCAGCUCUGUCAAGAUUGCUUCUGGAGGGGACAUGCCAGUGGUUCCCAUAGCAACCAACACCAAAUGAAAGAAUACACAUCAUGGAAAUCUCCUGCUAAGAAGUUAACCAAUGCACUUAGCAAGUCUUUAAGCUGUGCUUCCAGUCGUGAACCCUUGCACCCAAUGUUCCCUGAUCAGCCUGAAAAACCUCUAAACUUGGCACAUAUAGUAGACACCUGGCCUCCUAGACCGGUCACCAGUAUGAAUGACACACUUUUCUCCCACUCUGUUCCCUCAGGAAGUCCUUUCACAAACAGAAGCUCUCCUUACAAGGAUAAUGAGCAGGACAAAUUGCUGGCUAGGGCUGUUCCAGGUUUUUUGAAAGGCAAAGGGUUACAGUAUAGCCUCGAUGUUGCAGACAGGCUGGCUGAUGAACAUGUUCUCAUUGGGUUGUAUGUCAACAUGCUCCAGAACAACCCCUCACGUUUACUUGAAAGCCCAAACCGUCUAGAUGAAGAACAUAGACUGAUCGCCCGGUAUGCUGCAAGACUGGCAGCAGAGACUACUUCAUCAGGGCUGGGGGAGAUCAUUGUAAAAUUUUCAGGUGAUAAAGAACUAGAAGGAAUGUUUAAUGCAGUUAGUCCUUGA